CGAGAGGCGGGUGGUCCUGUGGGCGGAGCCAAGGUUGGGAAGGGGCGGGGCUCCUGAAGCCGAGUUGCAGCCACGUCCCACGGUACCCCCGGUGAGGCCGCCCGGGCUUGGAGGUCUUCGGCGUUCCAGACAUGUCCGAGGUGAAGAGCCGGAAGAAGCCGGGGCCCAAGGGGGCUGCCGGCGAGCCCGAGAAGCGGAGCGACGGCAGGAAGAACCCCGAGGCGCGGGGAGGCGGGGGUUGGGCGGACCCCCGCACCGGGCUCAGCCUGCUGUCGCUGGCGACGUGCUUGGGCCUGGCCUGGCUUGUAUUUCAACAAUCAGAAAAGUUUUCGAAGCUGGAAAACCAAUACCAGUUGCUUCAAAUAGAAAGCAGCGAGUUUCAAGGACUACAGACUAAAAUCAGUUUAAUGUCAGACAAGCUGGAGUCUACUGAAAGUAUCCUGCAGGAAGCUGCAUCAUCCAUGGCUUUGAUGACCCAGUUUGAGCAAGAAGUGUCUGGCCUCCAAAGAUCCAUACAUGACAUUGAGAACAGUAAAGAGACGCUCACUCAAAAGAUGCAGAGCCUUAGUGAGAAAUUCCAGACCAUUACAGAUUUCUGGAAGAGAACCCUGGCAGAGAUGAGCAAUAAUACAGCCAUUUUCAAAUCAGAAGCAAAGCAUAUACAUUCUCAAGUUACCAUGAAAAUUAACUCAGCCGAGCAAGAAAUGAAACUGCUCACUGAACGGCUAAAAGAUUUGGAAGACAGCACACUACGAAACAUCAGAACAGUAAACAGGCAAGAAGAGGAGGAUCUUCUCCGAGUAGAGGCACAGCUCAGCUCCAAUACAAAAGCCGUUGAGAAGCUAGAAGAAGAGCAGCACUCACUCCUAGCCAGAGAUGAGGAGCUGACCAGUAAACUUGCCGACUAUGAACCCAAAGUUGAAGAGUGCAAGGCCCAUUUGCCAGCUAUAGAAAAUGCGAUCCACUCUGUCCUCAGAGUCUCUCAGGACCUGAUGGGGACAGAAAAGAAAAUGGAAGACCUCACUGUGCAGAUGUUUAACAUGGAGGAUGACAUGCUAAGGGCGGUGUCUGAAAUAAUGGAGAUGCAGAAGACCCUUGAGAGAAUUCAGUAUGACAAUAGCAUACUAAAGAUGCAAAACGAACUGCUGGUUCUCAAAGGAAAAGUUCACGAUUUCAUAGCAUAUUCAAGUUCAGGAGAAAAGGGGACUUUGGGAAAAUAUAACCUAGAAAAUAAGGGAGCCGAUGAUUAUUAAGUUUACUGUGUACCUUUUGAUGGACUGUAUUAUUAAAUGGAGAUCAGUCCAUUCUACAUUAAAGAAAUGGCUCUGCCUCACUUUACCAGAGAAUAAGUGGAGUAUGGACCACAUGAUCACACUUUUAUCUUUUUAAGCUGUAAAACUUACUUUAACCAUUUCAAAUAGAAAUAAUUCUGCUGGGGCUGGAGAGAUGGCUCAGUGGUUAAGAGCCUGUUCUUCCAAAUGUCCUGAGUUCAGUUCCCGGCAACCACAUGGUGGCUCACAACCAUCUGU